CGAAAAUUUAUAAUGAAUUUAUCAAGAAGCCUAUCAAGAAAAUUUUUCAAAAUAAAAAAAUUCGAAGAAAAUUCAACAAAAUUUUUUUAAAAAUGAUGAAAAUGAAAAGACUGCAGAAAAUUAAGAGAAAAAGAAAAAGAGAAAAAUUAAUUUUUAAAGUGUAUAAUACGAAAGACCAAAAAAUUAAAAAUGAUUUUUCUUUUAGAUUUUCCUCAUGUUUUCCAAAUCUUGGAAUUUUUCUUUUCAUUUGUUGCAAGUUUUAAUUUUCUUUAAACUAUUUUUAGAUUAUUUUCAUAACAUGCAAAGUGGAAAUUUGCGUUAUCCACCAGUCAGAUUUAUGCGAAUUAUUGAAUCAGCACCUAAUUCUUUAAAUCGAACUUCUAGACGUCUCGAAAUUAUGGUUUCUAAGCAGACUACAAGGGUCGCAGCUGUCUCUUCUCGCCUGGAAUGGAGAAUUGAUCAUUUUGAAAAGUUAAUGAAGUUGAUGAAGAAUGGACAGAAUCUGAUAAGUAAACAAUUCGCUUGUUCAACCUGUCCAUCUGUAAUUUGGGAAUUACAUGUUUAUCCAAAUGGAAAGAGAGAGGAGGAUGUUAAUAAUGUUUCUUUUUUUCUUCGCCAAGUGGGCCUUCAACGUGGGGAGGAUCCUGUAAUGACCGAAUUUCAAAUUUAUGCUUUGGAUGCUAGUGAUUGUCGUAUUAGCGUUUGCAGAGAUACAAAGGAUUUCUCAAAUCAACAAGGCCGCGGGAAAUUUCAAGUACAACGAGACAAAAUGUUGACAGCGCUACGUCCGGAUGGUUCUUUAUUGUUAUUUUGCGAAGUUGAAUUUCUUCCUCCUGGCAUAAAAUUAAAUGUGGAAAAAGAAGAUGAUGAAAUUGUGGAAGAAACAAAUAUGGAUUCCUCUGUUUGGGUGCAGGAAUCGUUGAGAGAAAUGUGGCAGCAAGAGACUUUUACGGAUUGUAUUAUUCAGGUUGGAAGUGCACGAAUGAAUGCUCACAGAUGUAUUCUUGCACAACACAGCGUUGUUUUCCGUUCAAUGUUUGCGCAAAAGUCAAUGUUGGAGGCUCAAAAUGGGCAAAUUAGCAUAACAGAUUCUCGUCCUGAAUAUGUUCGUGCCAUGCUUCAAUUUAUUUACACGGGUUCAGUGGACAAAAGUGCUUUGGAAAAUUUUGCGGAAGGUAUUCUCGCUAUAGCUGAUAAAUAUGCUGUAAUGCCGUUGAAGGAACAAUGUGAACGUUAUAUGACUUCGAUUAUUUGCGUUUGGCUUUACAUUCCUGCUUGUAUUAAAUACAUUUCUUCAAAUCACAAAACAUUUUUGAGAAGUCCUGAAUGGAAAGAAUUGAAAGCUGUCAGAGGACAACUUGCAAAUGAAUUGUUAGAAGCUGUGCUAGAUCAAAAUGGAAGUGAAGGGAUUGAUUUGAGUAGCAGUUUUGAAACUGGAGGGACUACAGAACCAAGUACUGGUGGUGGAGGUGCUGGUAGUACUGGUGGAAGUGGAGGUGGAGGAAGUACUGGUAGCAGUUUAAGUAUGAGUACCCCAGCAAGUCUUUACGGCGUUGGUGUCUUCUCGCCUAGCAGCAAUAUAUCUCGCAAUAAUUCUACUUCUGCUUUAGCCUCAUUUUCAUUAAAUACAAGUGGUGGAACUUCUACUUCAUCGUCAUUACCGUCAGUGUCUAAUUCUACAGCAGCCUCUUCUUCGUUAAUUUAUGCCUCUCAGCCUUCACAAGUUUGUUCAACAUCAUCAUCAGCUCUUUCAACUCCAACAACUUCAUCAUCAACUACCAACGCCAACAAUGUCGAAAACAAUGCAAGUACUAGCAGCUCUUCUUCAAAUCCCCAACCAACGCAACAAGCACAGGCUGAGGAGGAUUCUCGUGUACCUGUUAGAAAACGUCCGCGCAGAAAGAUUUGA